ACAGAGAUCGAAAAUAAAAGAAGAAAGGAAGAAGGUUUUGUGAUUCUCUUCUCCGAUCGAUUCCUAAUCUCUCUCUUCAUUUUACAAGCUUUCGGGUGUAUCUUUGGCGGUGAUGGCGAUGAAGCUGAGACAGUCGCAGCGAUCUCAGGCGAGGAAAUGGUCGACGCUAAUGCUGGUUCUGUUGAUGCUUUUCAUGCUAACGAUCGUUCUCUUGAUGCUUUUGUCUUUUGGGGUUUUCUCUCUUCCGAUUGAUACCUUCGACGAAUAUUCUCCGGCCGAUCUCUCUUCUUUCCGACGAGCUGCAACCGAGAGAAGCGAGGGAAUAGGGAAGAGAGGAGAUCAAUGGACUGAGAUUCUUUCUUGGGAGCCCAGAGCUUUCCUCUACCACGGUUUCUUGUCGAAGGAAGAAUGUGAAUAUUUAAUCAGUCUUGCGAAACCAUAUAUGGUGAAGUCAACUGUUGUUGAUAGCCAAACCGGCAAGAGCAAAGAUAGCAGGGUGAGAACAAGCUCAGGGACUUUCCUUAGGAGAGGAAGGGACAAAGUCAUUAAGACCAUUGAGAAAAGAAUUGCCGAUUACACCUUCAUUCCUGCAGAUCAUGGAGAAGGACUUCAGGUUCUUCAUUACGAAGAAGGGCAAAAGUAUGAACCACACUAUGAUUACUUUGUUGACGAGUUCAACACUAAGAAUGGAGGUCAACGCAUGGCUACAAUGCUCAUGUAUCUGUCGGAUGUUGAAGAAGGCGGUGAAACGGUGUUUCCUGCUGCCAAUAUGAAUUUUAGUUCUGUGCCAUGGUAUAAUGAGCUCUCUGAGUGUGGGAAAAAGGGACUUUCCGUAAAGCCGAGAAUGGGUGAUGCAUUGCUCUUCUGGAGCAUGAGGCCUGAUGCUACACUAGAUCCCUCAAGCUUGCAUGGUGGAUGCCCUGUGAUUAGAGGGAACAAAUGGUCAUCUACCAAAUGGAUGCAUGUCGGCGAGUACAAAGUCUAGCGUCUUUGAUUGCUGGACAAUAUACUGUUUCAUGGAUGGUGGAUAAAAUGAAACUUCGGAACCAAAAAUUGCAGAGACAUGAUGUUUGUUUUUUGUCCCUGCGGCUCAGUAUAUUUGUCAGCAUUAUUCUUUGUAGAGAAUAUUAGACUAAAUUAGGAUGGCUUAGAGAGACUGUUGCUCAUUGGUAUACUAUAGCCAAUCAACUUGUGUCUGUCAUUGAAUAUACGUUGUGAAUUAGUUAUGACAUUAUCAUAUACAAA